GAAUAGAACAACAAAUAAGCAAGGGGGUUAUGGCCCCGGGAUUAAUGAUAAAGCCCGUUUAACCUCUUUCUUUCAAGGGCUACUUUGCUUUGCCUAAAUUGUCUGACCCCGGAUUCAAACGAGAGGGCUAAAACCGCAGGAGAGGGUUAGGGACCUGGCUGUUUUCACACCGUGUGGAAACUCGUUCCAGGGAGUAGCUCUCCAAUGGAGAAUGGAGCGAGUGGAUCGAGGUCAGGCGGGCUGGAUCUGUGAAUCUAGCCUGGGGAGUGGAUCCUGCCAAGGAUGCUGGGAGAAGGCUGAGCCCGGGUUAAAUGGGUCUUAUCCGCGAGUGGAUUCUUCACCGCUCCAAUUUAGCCCCGGAUCUUGUCACUUCUGCCAGCGGUGGAGCACAGAUCGGGAUUAGACACUCGCCUUCCCUGCUCCCAGAUCCUCCUCCCCGGUGGCCACCAUGGGAAGUAAGACUCUGCCGGCCCCCGUGCCCAUUCACCCCUCCCUGCAGCUCACUAACUACUCCUUCCUCCAAGCGUUCAACGGGCUGCCCGCGGUGCCCUCGGACCACCUGCCCAACCUGUACGGCUUUAGCGCCCUGCACGCCGUUCACCUGCACCAGUGGACAUUGGGUUACCCAGCCAUGCAUUUGCCUCGCUCUUCCUUCUCCAAGGUGCCCGGGGUGUCCAGCUUGGUGGACGCCAGGUUCCAGCUGCCUGCCUUCCCUUUGUUCCCACACGUCAUCCAGCCCAAGCAAGAAGCCACCAGCCUGCCCCUCAAAGCCAAACCCCGGUUUGAUUUUGCCAACCUCGCUGUGGCCGCCACCCAAGAGGAUCACUCUAAACUGGGCCAGGCGGACAGCCAGAGCUCGCCUCCGGGGCUCGGCUCCUUGCUCGAGGUAACUAAGCUCUCCCCGGAGAAGAAACCCACCCGGGGGAGGUUACCUUCCAAAACCAAGAAGGAAUUCGUCUGCAAAUUCUGUGGCAGACACUUCACCAAGUCCUAUAACCUUUUGAUUCACGAAAGAACCCACACCGAUGAAAGGCCCUACACGUGUGACAUUUGCCACAAAGCGUUCCGAAGGCAAGAUCACCUGCGUGAUCACAGGUAUAUUCAUUCUAAAGAAAAGCCUUUUAAGUGUCAAGAAUGUGGGAAAGGCUUUUGCCAGUCCAGAACUCUAGCUGUCCACAAGACACUGCAUACGCAAGUAAAGGAGCUUAAACCUUCCAAACUUAAAUGCUGAACUCUCCAGCACCCAUGAACUAACUUCCCCUCCAGACUUUAUACCAAAUUCAGAACAGACACAGAAAAAAAAAAAAACAAAAAACAAAAAACGAAAAACAAAAAACCCCCAGGAUGGGAGCACUGAACUUUCUUUUUAAUUAAAAAUAAAAGGUUCCCAAAUCCUGGUUUAAAAUAUUGUUUUGCCUUUGAAACACAUAUUAAUAAUAUGGCGAGUGCAAGAGAACUGGCUGUCUUGUGUGGCUUCGAUAAACUUUAUGCCAAAAGGUGGUGCUCACGUAUUGGACAGGAAUCUUCUUCUUCUUUUUUUAAAGCAAAAACGUAGCUUCCAAAGGUAUUACUUUUUACAUUUUUUUUAUUUUAUACUUUUUUUGACUGUAUAAAGCUUCUUACUUAAACACUUCAGGAAACAAAAAAUUCCAGAAGACAAUUAAGAACUGAAACUUUGGCUUCUCAUUACGGCACCAUUGAGACCAGGAGAACAACUUGCGGACUUGUUUGUUUGUUUCUGUUGUUGUUUUCUUUUUAAAAAGAAAUGUUCCAAAGUGACCUAAAUCUCAAGUGAUGAAGUCUGCCAUGCACUAAAAGCCUGAUAUAGAGCUUAGAGCUGCAGUAUCAACACUCCGUGGAGAUCUUGUUUUUGUUUUGUGGUCUAGUGCCUUGGAGGUGGUUUGUAAUUUGUGGACUUAUUUAAAAACACCCAAAGGAAAGAAUAAUGGCAAUAAAUCAAACUGAUGCUAUGCACAACGUGGUUUUAGUGGUACUUUAAAGUCUGUGUGUGUCCCGAUGAGAGAGUGGGCAGGAUAAAUCUCAAUCAGAGAAUUUUAAAGGCUAGCUUUCUGAACAGUGUAUUAAAAAAGUUAAAACUAAGAGACAUUCCAAUAUGUUUUGUUUAUUAAAAAAGUUGUAUGGCUAUUUGGCACUUUAUGCUGAUUAUUGGUAAUUGACAUUUAUCACUGGAUUGUGUUUUUUAAGUAUUAAAAUAAAUUGUUAUUUUACAGGCAAGCCUGACUGGAUGUACUAUUCACAUAUGUUCUGAACGUUCUUUAACUAUUUGCUUUCAGGUCUAUCCUCAAUCGAACUCCCUCCCCCAGUUGUCAGAACUUUCCUUUUCAGGUGGUGUAAUAUUUUUAAUUCUUUUUCACAAAUGUUGUCCUGGGGGAGUGGCAAAUGUUAAAAGUAUACUUUUUUUUUUUUUUUUUUUUUUUGAUAUGGGUUAGUCACUGUUUUUACCUACAACGGAAAAGUCAAUAGACCUGAGGGAGGGAGGGAGUCAAAUCACUGUGCUCCUAGUGUGAAAAAUUCACCUUGGUAACUAAAUCUUGGGUAUUAGCAGAUAAGAUUAGAUGUCAAAAGUGUUAAAAAACAAAUCAAAUGAAUAAUGGGCAAACUGUUACCAUUCACACAGCCUGAGGCCAUGGGGGAAACACUCCUUUACACUCUCUCUCCCCUUUCAUUGUCAGUAGUGUAUAUUUAUCAAUUGCAUCUUGGCCCAGUCUAGUGUUGAUGGGCGGCCUUUGAUUACAGGCAGCUGUCUUAGAUCAGAGAUGUUUAUUCCACUGCAAAACCGCUUUGGAUUGAGACAUGGAGAGGGAGUUUUGAGCGUGGGUUCCAUCUGAGCUUUUAAAACAUGUAUUGCUUCUUUUGUAAUUUCAUAGAAAGAACAGCUUCUUCCCUGAUUAUCCACAAGUCACCUCUGAAAUCGAAAAGCUGAAAUCAAACAAUUCUUUUCCUUAUUACAGAUCAAAAUAGUAACUUUUAUUUUGGGGUUUUAUUAUUUCCAAAACUUAUAAGGGUUAAACCUAUAAAGCACUGAAAUCAAAACAAAAAAAAUUAUUUCCCUUCUUUUCCAUUUUCCCUCUUCGUUUUACAAAGAUACUAUUUAUAUGGGCAAAGACUCUUAUGAAUGAUAAAAGAACACUACUGCCUUGCUUUUUAUUUGGGAACAAUACGGAUUUUCCCUCGUUUGUUUAUAUAGAUACGACUACAUGACUAAUUCAAUACAUUUGAUCAAUUCCAGUGUCCCUGUUAUGAAAACCUCGGCAGAGUUUAGUUUAGUCAGAUAAUGAUUGCUGACUAAAUAUAGCAAUAAAUACAGUGGAAAUUGACACAUUUCCAGUGGGCCAAUAUAAAUUCAGUUGUGCAGAAGUGUCUUUAGUAAAGAUAUGUAGUUGUAUUGGAACAAUCAACGAUUGUAUUAAGCGAAAAACAAUACAAAGUAUUUUGUUUUCAAUUUUAGAGUCUCUAAAAGAGAAUAAACUUAUCUGUUUUGUAUGGGAAAUAGA